AUGGUCUUGGGUGUAGCUUUCGAAAAAUUAUUUUCGGAAUUGUACAAGACAGUGAAGGAUGUGGUGAUCAAAAACCUUGAGUUCGAUGCUAUUCUCGAUCGCCUCAAAUCCACGCUAGCGGUAUUAAAGCCUUUGAUCAGAGAAAUACAAAGGGAAAAUAGAGAAUUGGAUCGCCCAGAAGAGGAAAUUCCGACAGGCUUGAUUGAAAAGAUGAAGAAAGGCGCUUCUCAAGUUAAGGAGUACUCGAAGCUCCCGCGGUGGAAAUUCAUCUCGAGAUUCAUGUACGCAAACGAACUUUUCGUGGUUGGUCUUCCUGCGCGGUUCCUCGACACCAAGGUGGACUUCAUCAUUGGGUUUGAGGUGCCUUUGAAGGAGUUGAAAUUGCAUCUACUCAAGAAGGAGCUGAAUAUGCUUGUGGUGACUGCUCCCCCAGGAUGCGGGAAAACCACUUUGGUGACAAUGCUAUGUCACGAUGAGCAAAUUAAAGAAUACCUUCUUGAGAAGUUUAUUAAGAUUUCAAAAAUGCCAAAUUGCAAGAUUCUGGUGACUUCGAGAACUACUUUUACAAGAUUUGACUUUACAUACAAAUUGAAAAAAUUAAGUCCUGAAGAUGCAAUGAAACUUUUUCGACACUCAGCAAACUUGACAGAGAACAGGUCUCAAAAUCCGAAGAAAGUUAUCAAAAAGAUUGUGAAAAGCUGUGGGGGGUUCCCAUGGGCACUUGAAGUGGUCGGGAGAUCACUCCGAAGGCGUUCUGCUUCAGUCUGGCUCAGUAGAGAGACGAAAUGGUCUAGUGAUCCUAUUAAUGGUUCUAAAAAGGAAUGUUUGUUUGUUUGUCUCGGGCAAAGCUUAGAUUUCAAAGACAAUGAGAUCAUCAUCCAGAAAUGUUUCAUGGACCAUGGAUUGUUUCCUGAGGACCAAAAGAGACUCGCUGCAACCCUGAUUGAUAUGUGGUUAGAAUUAUAUGAUCUAGGUCUAGAUGUUCGUGCCAUCAAAACACCAGAUGACAUCGCCAUCUGGAAUCUGGUAUGUACUGCUUUGUCGGAGUUGCCACAAUCAAUCAGAAGCCACCAUAACUUAAACCUUCUUGAUAUAUCUGCCUGCCUAAGCAUUAUCAAGUUGCCCGAACACAUUGGAAAGUUGCGUAAUUGGAAAGCGUUUCACAUGAAGGGUGCUUGA